CUGCAUGUUAGUAAAUAUGCCCACCAGGAUGGGAGAGACGAUUAGAAUGUACCUAUGCAGAACACACAUCUCAUCUCACAUAAAACAUCUGGGAUUUCAAUUAUUUUUUGAACUAAUUCUGGAAACGGUUACUGCUAUCACCACUCGCCAUCAUGUUGACGGGAUUUGAAGCUGGAGAUUCUAAAUAUCAUUCUGAUUAUCAAAACGAUACAACUACCAACAUCCAAGUUGGGCCGAUUCUUAUUCCAGAUGUAAUGCCUCACAUCUUUAAGUUCCUUGGAGUCCAAGACAUAAAAAAAUGUCGGCUAGUCUGCAAAUCAUGGCAUUACUUUGCUACCCCUGUACUUAAAGCGAAUUCAAUGACCCUGAUUCCAUGUUACCCUGUGGGGGAUGACAACAACGAUAUUUUAGAAAGACUGGUACACUUCUGUCCAGUCAAUAUCCAUCUGGAGAUUGAAUGCCCUAUAAAAUGCUCAAAGUCACCCCGGAAUCCAAAAAUGUUUCCGAAUGUGACAAAUUUGAAAUCCAUUUUUAUCUCGUAUCCAACAAAGAAACUACAGUGGCAGACGACCGUCUGCAAGAAACUUAUUGCCAAUUCGGCCAGUACUUUGGAAAGGUUAAGUUUUCAAUGGAGCGGAAACCAGUUAGAUUUUGCUCCCGUGCAUCGCACAGUCUUCCCAAAAUUAAGGGAACUUGAGAUAUUCAAACGAUCGCUUCCGAGAUACGAAGAUCUCGAAAGAAUUGGUCAAGUUGUUAUAGAAUCGUUCCCAGCUUUAGAAAGUCUGAAAAUUGAUUCUGGAAUUUUGUAUAAAAUUUCAAAGUUGGGAGUCCUACCAAAGCUACCACUAUCUCUCAAGUCCUUAGAAAUGAAAGGAUAUUCAAGCUACAAACAGAUGUAUUACCUUCUUAACAUUCGUUGUUCUUUGAAGACACUGGUCUUAGAUAGGGUUAAAUUUGAUGAUAUUGGCCAUCGUGUUGACGAACUACCAACAAUUCUAUACAGCGUCCUAAAAACGUUUUCACCCACUUUGGAAAAACUUUCUAUAGAUCUGCGUUGGUGGAUAGGGGGUAAACAAUUAGAAUGGAAAUUCCCAGUGUUUCCGGUUAUGAAAAGGUUGAGGGUCGUAAAUAAUGGUGUGCUCGAAAAAAUUGCAUUUGAAAAUCCCUGUUCAGACGUUUUUGGAAGGAUUGAUUAUAAAGUGUGUUUUCCUGUCUUGGAAAGUUUACAUGUUUGCAUUGAAGCAAUUAAUUUGUCACCGUUGGAUGCAUUUCUUCCGAUGGAAAAUAACGGAUGUUCCAUGGUUGUGGAUUGGGUGAAAGAAAUUGACAUAAGGCGGAUCAGGCUUUUCGGUUCGGGCUGUUCCACGAUAGAUAUGACAACCCUUGAGGCGAGAGUGUUGAACAUUUUUCCCAAUGCGAGACGAACGAUAAAUAUUUCGUAAUUGUUACUGAUUAAUCAUGGCGAAAACCUUGAUCAUGUCUUAAUGUUAAUGGACGACUUGGAGAUUAUUGGAUAAUUAAGAAUAAUAAUUAUUAUUCUGCACAUCUUUAAAAUCCUUGUGUAUCCAUUGAAACGUAAAGUGGCUGGAAUAGAGUUCUUGUAAUAUGUUGUUAUAUAGGAGUCAGAAUUUAGUAAAUGUUUUAGGAAAAAAAUUCGUGAUGCGAGUCCAGGGGGACACGGGGACACUGCACCAGUUUUCAGAUGUCCCCCUAAUCUGCCCAUGUUUUAUUAACCCAACCUUCUCCUAUCUCACGAUGUUAAAGUCCCCCCAUGACCCCUCCCCCACCUCCGCCGCUUCUGUAAUUAGUAUAAUCUUUUUAAUUUUCAUCCGUAAAUUGUACGUCCCCAUACUAUGCGAUAUAAAGUUAUGUAUGCAUUUAGUGUAAACCAUGCAGUACUGUUGUUAACGGUAAUGAACAUAAGUGUUAAAUUUAGUACUACAACCAAUAAAUAACGGCGUAAUAUUUUUAAAAUUCGAUGAUAAAUGACUAUGGAAAAUUUCCAUAGUCAUGAUUUCCAUUGGAAAUCAUAAGAAAUCAUGGGAUUGUGAGGAACGCGAGGAACUUUCUCUUUUGGUAAAGGAGACAAAGCAAAGGGCCCUUUUGGGAUCCGACAUUUCACCAUUUGCAUCUGUUUAUUUCGCUUGUCCUUCAAUAGAGGCGAGAAAAGUUUGUGAACAUAUAAAUUUCCCAGUAAACCGAAAGUUUUUACUUUUUUGAUUUACAAAGCCUUAGUUAUCGCCGUAAAGAAAGUGAUCAUGUACAGCGAGAAGGAACAAAAAGAUGUCCUGUAUUAUAAAAUAAAUGGAGCAAAAAGUGCAAAAACAUUUUGAACUCGUAAAGAAUCGAACCCGUGAACACUAUCGUCACAACCCGGCGCUCUAACCACUAUACCCCCACCUCCUUGCAUAGUAAAUAUUGUAAAGAACUCGUAUUUAUUUUUCAUUCGAUAGAAAUAAAAAGUUUUAAAUUGUCUCUCA